AUGGCGCAGCAUGAGAAAUACCAAACCCCAAACGCCAUGGAAAGGAAUUGCAAAAAAUCGUCAGCUGACCGGCACUUAAGAAGACCCUGUCUUGUACCUGAUUGCCGAUAUUACAAGAUUCCUGUAUCAAGACUUUCAGAUCAUCUACGCCGUCGACAUCAGCUCACGAUCAAAGAACAUGAGUCUCUCUACGGAAGAGGUUCUUCAACAAAUGAGAACUGUGAUAAUUCUAUUAACUCAACAUUAUUCAGAUACGUCGUUUACACACUUUGCCAGGCGCAUGUCACUUUUGGGAAGAUGAAAAUUCCUCUUAGCUAG